UCCUUGUUCGCCCUCGGCGCCCAUGGAGAUGCGGCGGUAGCAAAGGAGGCUGUGAAAAUGGCGGCCAAAGCGAGGACCUGGGGAGUGCUGCAGCCUUCUCCCCGGCCGCUCUCCGCUGUUUUCGCUUUGCUGCUUUUGCUUGGUUGUGGCCAAACUUCUGCUGUUGCUUCUCCUGUCUGUCACCACCGCAUCCCCAGCGCCAGGGAGGUUAUCUAUAAAGUUUAUCUUAAGGAAAAUCAUCUUAUGAAGAGAAAUGUGGAUGAACAACUAAGAAUUAAGACAAUAUAUGACAAAAGUAUUGAGGAAUUGCCACCUGGAAAAAAGCACCUUAUAAAGAAUAAGCUCUUCCCACAAGCUAUUUCUUAUUUAGAGAAGACAUUUCAAGUUCGGAAACCUACUAGUACCAUCCUAUUAAGCAGACAGUGUGUAACAAACCAAUAUCUAAGGAAGAAAGAUGACCCUCACAGAUAUUGCCAAGGAGCCUGUGCAGAAUAUACAAAGUGUGGGCCAGUUAUAGUUCCAGAGGAACAUCUGCAGCAAUGUAGGGUAUGUAGUGAAAACCUGGUUUGUGGACCUGUUGGUGUAAUAGAUCAAGAAGGGGUUCGAGAUGCUGAUUUCAUAUUAUAUGUUAGCGCUCUGACUACUGAAAGGUGUGGCCAAGAAAAUAUUAUUGCAUAUGCGGCAUACUGUCAACUGGAAGCUGAAAUGGACAGACCAAUUGCAGGGUAUGCUAAUCUGUGUCCAAAUAUGAUUUCAACCCAAGCACAGGAGUUUAUUGGCAUGUUGUCUACAGUGAAACAUGAAAUCAUUCAUGCAUUGGGUUUCUCUGCUGGGCUGUUUGCAUUUUAUCAUGAUGAUGAUGGAAAUCCUUUGACUGCCAGAUAUGCAAAUGGAUUACCACCCUUUAAUGAAAGCCUUGGUGUGUAUCAGUGGAGCAAUAAAAUAGUACAUAAUGCAGUACGGCUCUGGGAUAUACGGGGCAAUAAGAUACUGCUUCACAAUAUAUUUCUUCUGAUAACUCCUAAAGUAGUUGAGGAGGCCCAAAAACAUUUUGGCUGUCCAUUUCUAGAGGGGAUGGAACUUGAAAAUCAAGGUGGAAUGGGUACAGAAUUCAAUCACUGGGAAAAGCGAUUGUUGGAGAAUGAAGCAAUGACUGGAUCGCACACACAGAACAGGGUCUUCUCCCGGAUCACUUUGGCUUUAAUGGAAGAUACUGGCUGGUAUAAAGCCAAUUACAACAUGGCAGAAAAGCUAGACUGGGGCCGGGGUAAAGGCUGUGACUUUGUGAUGAAAAGUUGUAAGUUUUGGAUUGAUCAUAGGAGGAGAAGGAAAGAAUUGGUAGCACCAUAUUGUGACACUCUGCGGAGCAAUCCAUUGCAACUAACCUGCAGACAGGACCAAAGAGCAGUAGCAGUGUGCAAUUUACAGAAGUUCCCACAACAGCUGCCUCAGGAAUAUCAGUAUUUUGACAGCCUAUAUGGGGUACCACCAGAAGAUUUGCCUUAUUAUGGUGGGUCUGUUGAAAUUGCUGACUACUGUCCUUUCAGUCAGGAAUUCAGCUGGCACUUAAGUGGUGAAUUUCAACGAAGCUCAGAUUGUAGAAUACUUGAAAAUCAACCAGAUCCUUUCAAAAACUAUGGUGCAGAGAAAUAUGGACCAAAUUCUGUGUGUCUCAUUCAGAAGUCAGCUUUUAUUAUGGAACAAUGCCGAAAGAAACUCAGUUACCCUGACUGGGGCAGUGGGUGUUACCAGGUUUCUUGUUCUCCUCAUGGGCUGACUGUUUGGGUCAAGGAUGUGGAAUAUUUGUGCAGUCGCUCAGGUCAAACUCUAACAGUGAAUAUUCAGAUGAAUGGAUGGGUACAUAUUGGAAACCUAAUUUGCCCGGUGUGUUCAGACUUCUGUGAUUUCUGUCCACCUGAGCAGGACCCUCCUCCAGUUGCAAAUUUAACAAAAGUUACAUCUAUUGAUUUGUGUUCCUGUUCCCCUAGCCUGGUAGUAACCCUAUGGCUAUUGAUGGCAAACUUGCUUCCACUACUGGCUGGAUUUCUUCUGUGUGCAUGGAGUUAAAAGUGGGCUCUCAGGUUGGCCCAUACAGUCAUAUUGUACUUCUCAAAAGCAGCUGUCCAGAAGAACAAAUGCAUCCCCACCUGCCUUGUGGCAAGAAGGCCAGCUGAUCGCAGGCUGGGAGGUGCUGGCCGAACAGCCUCUAGCCUGAAUGAGGCGAAGUUUACAGCAUCAUCUCAAUAAGUGCCAGUAUUAAACGUUUUCAUUUCACAUUGGUAACAAAUAGUGAGGAACAAAUCUGCCAGUAGUGUUAUGCUGCCACUGGUCUAGACCACUCUUGGUAGGUGGAAUUCUCUGAGACUUGAAGCAGAAUUUUUGGCAUCCUUAGACAGAUAUAUCUCAGAGUUUCCUUUAGUUAAAAGCCAUGAAAAUUAGUUGUCAUCACUGCUAAUAAGUCCAAUGUGAUGUUAUGGAUUCUCGCAGUUGUAUCCAAAGAGACUUAGCCUUUUGGUUCUGCUUUAGGAUGUUUCCAGAACUGUCCUAUGCUUUGUACACUCUGGUGAUUUGAGGAUAUUUCUUCUGUGAAGUCUCUGCUGCUCAGAAUAUGGAGGAACUUCUCAAUAGCUGCACAUCAUGCACUUUUGACAUUUCUAAAUAAUGAAAAUAUUUGUUAUCUCCCCUUCACUUGUUGAAGACCAACCACUAAGCUAAACUAUUCUGCCAUAACUUUCGAUGUACUAAGCCUACAAUCCUAAGCAUGCUUGCUAAGAUGGAAAUCCCACUAAACUCAGUUGAGCAUUUCUGAGUAAACAUGUUUUGGAUUAGGUAGCCCUCAUUCAUGAAUGUUCUUUUCACUGCAUUGGCCUUCUUCAAACACUGGUAAGCAUCCAGUGUUUUUUUUUGGGGGGGGGGUUACACACUAUUAGGUGAGUAGGCCAAAAGAGUGAAAUGAUAAUAGGUUUCAUACUUAGGUUUGAGGGAGCAUAAUUAUUUUGGGAAAAAACUAUUAGUGACCGCAGCUGUAAAUCUUACAGAUACCAUAGUUACACCUUUGGGGCCAAAAUGAGAAUUCCCAUUACCCUAUUAAUCUUGGUCUUGGUAGAAAGUAUAGCUGACCUCAGUUAUGCUGGGUACAUAAAGACAUAUACAUUUUUUAAAGUAUGCAGGUUAGUGGCUGUGCCACUAAGAAAUGGUUAAAUUAUUACAGAAGUCAGUCAGUGACCAACUUGUAGAUGAAGAAUCAGUUCCAUUGAGAAUGAAAAAUCCUCAGGAACCAUAGUUGUAAUAACUUUGCUUUCUCGUGGCUGGCACAAACUGGUUUUUGUCUUGGGACUAAAGGAGUCACUUCUGACCCUAUUGAUUAUUCUGAUUCAAUAAAAGCUGUGCCUGGUGGAGAUGCCACCCUAGGAGCGCUCCAAAGAAAAGCCAAUUUUUAUCCAGAACGUUCGGGUCAAUCUUUUCAAAAUGUGUACAGUGGCAGCAGGCUGAUCAACAUGGUGAGAACUGAAACAUGAGUGGAAUCAGGUGGACUCUUCUGUUAAUGCAGAACACAGUCCCUUUGCUUUCCAGAUGAUGAACUGCAGCUCCCAUCAGUUCCAGCUAGGAUGGUCAAGGAGAGAUGAUUGAGUCCAACAAUAUUUAGAGGGCCAAGGGUUAGCCACCCCUAGUCUACAAUAGUGCCUGCUAGAUUUUUUUCUUAAAGUAAAUUUAUUUUUACAAAGAGGGUUUCUGUAAAAGCAGCUAGUCAGUAAACUGCUUCCUACUUGAAGCAUGAAAAGGCUGACUGAAGAACUGGAGUGCGGAUUUGCUCCAAUGAUGUGAAUAUAAAUGUACACUACUAUAAAUACACUAUUUAUAUUACACACGUGCACACACACACAACAUUAGCCUUAAAUGAGCUGGGGUGGAAGGAAGGCAUGGAAAUAGCAAUACAAUAUUAGGGUUAAACAUGCUUUAAAUAUGUACAGUUUGAAUCAAAAUUAUCUAAAUAGAUAUACAACUCAACUAAUGUGAAACAGUUCCAUGGAAGUAAAACCUAAUUUUUAUAUGUGCAAUAAUAUAACUUAUAUAGCAUCUUGUAAGGAUGUUUUUAUAUACUUGAACAUUUUUCUCAUUGUCUUGAAGCAAAACAAUUGCACUGUAUCAGCUUUUUGGCUAACUUUGUAUAUAAGCAUUUAUACCUGUGUUAAUGAACUUGUGUUGUAAAAGUAGAA